AUGGUUCUUCAAAACGACAUCGAUCUGCUUAACCCACCAGCAGAGCUUGAGAAGAGGAAGCACAAGCUCAAGCGUCUUGUUCAAACUCCCAACUCAUUUUUCAUGGAUGUGAAAUGCCAAGGCUGCUUCAACAUCACUACUGUAUUCAGUCACUCGCAGACAGUUGUUGUAUGCGGAAACUGCCAGACAGUUCUUUGCCAGCCUACAGGAGGAAAAGCUAGGCUCACUGAAGGAUGCUCUUUCAGGAAGAAGUGA